GGAUCUGUCCUGACCAAGUUCGAUUACACCAGACUGGUGGUCCGACCGUCUCAAACGGACGGGUCGCCUUCACUGAUUCACUGAGAAGUUUCAGUCUUCACGAGAGAACCAGAUAACAGGAACGGCUCUCAGUUCCGCUAAACUGAAAUUCAAUCUCUCCUUCCACUCUGAAGCUCGAUGUGGAUCAAUCAGGUAAAUCUUCUUCUUGUUGCUUUAAUUCCAUUUUUGCCCUUCCUCCUCAGCAUAAACUAGCAUCGCUUCCGCCUGAUUUUCUAAUGUUGCUGCAGUAUUGUGCAUUUCAUUGUUUGCUUACCUUUCAUCUCUGAAUUCUGCUCCAAAUCUCAGCUAUCAGUGUUUUAGGUCUCACAUUUUGGGUUGCUGGCCGCUUACAGGUUCUGCCAAAUUGGAGCAAAAAUGGGUUAUUCAGUCUUGCUUCUGUGUCUGUAUUCCCACGUUUGUUUGGCGUUCUGAGAUUUUCUGCAAUGGUUGGUGAAAUUUCUUCUGGAUUUUCUGAUUGUGAUGUCCGGAGGACUUACCAAGUUGUGGUGGCGGCAACUCGUGACAUGGGGAUUGGUAAGGAUGGGAAGCUGCCUUGGAGGUUGCCUUCUGACCUCAAAUUUUUUAAGGAGCUUACGUUGACAACCUCAGAUCCUUGGAAGAAGAACGCAGUUGUGAUGGGUAGAAGAACAUGGGAGAGCAUUCCUCCGGAGUACAGACCUUUGCCCGGUCGUUUGAAUGUUGUUCUGACUCGUUCUGGGAGUUCUGAUGUUGGGACAGGAGAAAAUUUGGUAUCUUGUAGGAGCUUUCCUGCUGCUUUGCAAUUGUUAGCAAAAGCUCCUUAUUGUUUGUCAGUAGAAACAGUGUUUGUCAUAGGAGGUGGUCAGCUAUUAAGGGAAGCACUAAAUGCUCAGGGGUGUGAAGCCAUCCACAUUACUGAAAUUGGAACAAGCAUUGACUGUGAUACCUUUAUUCCUGCCAUUGAUUUUUCUUGUUUCCAACCAUGGUACUCAUCUGCACCCUUAGUUGAAAACAACAUCCCAUUCUCCUUUGUGACUUAUGCUCGUGUGAGAAAUUCUGCAACUGCAUCUCUUACAAUUAAUGGUGAGAUGAAGUCUAAUGGCAGUUCAAAUUCUGACAAUUUUGAUAUCAAAAAGUUUGACUUCUUGCCAAAAAUGAUUUUUGAGAGACAUGAUGAAUAUAAGUAUCUGAGACUAGUACAAGAAAUUAUCUCAAGUGGUACCCAGAAAGAUGACAGGGCAAAUACCAGUUCUCUAUCAAUAUUUGGUUGCCAGCUUCGGUUCAAUCUGCACAAAUCUUUUCCACUCCUUACAACCAAGAUAAUGAUCCAGCAUACUGGAACAUUAUCUGGUUGAUCUCUUUUUAGUCACUACUACAAACAUUGUUAAUGUGAUUUAUCUGUUCUUUGAACUGCUACUGAUGGGUUUACCACAUAUUUGCUUGGUUGAACAGAGAGUAUGUUGGCUUGGAGUUCUCAAAGAACUUUUCUGUUUCGUCCAUGGUCCAGCAACAAAGGUAAUGUGAUAUGAGAAUAAUGCUCUCUUGUUCUUCAGCCAACCAUAAGAUAAAAUGUGUUUUUCUAUAUCAUUUACUACCGGUUGUUUGCUCAUAAGCUGAGAUAAAAAUGUAAGCCAGUUUGAACAACUCAGACAUAAGACCAUCAGAAGGAACUUCUGAUGGGUGGAACUUGUUCUUAUCAUUUAUAUCCCUUCUAAUCAGGCAUUUUGCUUGUUCUUUUGAUUCUUGUCCUGAA